AUGUGGCGGCUGGCUUUCCUGUGCGUGGUCUCAGCCCUUUCGGUUAGCUGGGCUCGACCUCGCCUCGCUCCCCUCUCCCAUGAGAUGGUAAAUUUCAUCAAUAAAGCAAACACUACUUGGAAGGCUGGACACAACUUCCGUGAUGUAGACUACAGCUAUGUGAAGAGGCUGUGUGGGACUUUGCUCAAAGGACCCAAACUCCCUGUCAUGGUACAGUAUGCUGAUGACGUCAAGCUCCCCACUAACUUUGAUGCCAGAGAGCAGUGGCCCAACUGCCCCACUCUUAAAGAGAUCAGAGACCAGGGUUCUUGCGGUUCAUGCUGGGCAUUUGGAGCUGCUGAAGCCAUAUCUGACAGAAUAUGCGUCCACAGCAAUGCCAAAGUGAGUGUGGAGAUCUCCGCUCAGGACCUGCUUACCUGCUGUGACAGCUGUGGCAUGGGAUGUAACGGUGGAUACCCCUCUGCUGCUUGGAAUUUCUGGAACUCAGACGGUCUGGUCACCGGUGGACUCUAUAACUCCCAUGUUGGCUGCCGUCCAUACACCAUUGAACCCUGUGAGCAUCAUGUGAAUGGCAGUCGCCCUCCUUGCACCGGAGAGGGUGGAGACACUCCUAACUGUGAUAUGUCCUGUGAACCUGGCUACAGCCCCUCUUACAAGCAGGACAAACAGUUUGGUAAGCGUUUGCAGACCCAAAUAGUUCAUGUUCAGUGCACACUUCACCCUCAUUACUUAUUUGCAUCUAGUCAGACGUCACUUUAGAUCAGUGGUUCUAAA